AUGUCUUCUUCAUCAGAUGUUUAUCGAUUUGAUAUUAUCAUUGAUAAAUAUAUUAUCUAUAUCAAUAAUAUUAUAUUUGCUGCUGGACUUAUUGGUAAUAUUUUCAAUAUUCUUGUGUUUACUAAAUUAAAAGUUUUUCGUGGUAAUCGUUGUGCUUUUUAUUUAAUUAUUGAAUCUAUUGUAAGCACAAUUCUAUUAUUUAUAUAUUUUAUUUUCCAUAUUUUUAAAAAAAUCUAUGGCGCUGAACCUGAUGAUAUUUCAUUGAUUGUAUGUAAAUUAAAAAUUACAUUUAUUCAAUCCUGUCGACUUUUAAUUAGUUCAGUUAUAUGUUUUAAAGCAUUGGAUCAAUUUUUUUCAACAAAUUAUCGAGUUUAUCUUCGACGAAUUCCUACAUUCAAACGUGCACGUUAUUCAGUUAUAAUAGUAACUAUUCUAUGGGUUUUACAGACUAUACCAUAUAUAUUUUUUUCUAAUAUUGUACCUUCAUUGGGUUGUAUUGUAACAAAUCAAGCUUUAUUUCGUUAUUAUUCUUAUUUUUAUUAUAUUUUAUUGAAUGGAUUAUUUCCAAUAUUAAUUUCAUCUCUAUUCAGUUUAUUUGCUUAUCGAAAUGUUCGUCAUCUUAUUCGACGACAAGUUCCUAUUCAACGUCGAAGACUUGAUCAUCAAAUGACAGCAAUGAUAUUUGUACGUGUUCUUGUAUUUGUUAUUCUUACAUUACCAUUUACAAUAUUUCAAAUAUAUAAAUUAAAUAUCAAUAUAAAUUUAAUAACUGAUCUUCACUAUGAUAUAAAUCAGGUAGUUGCAACAAUUGUUACUUCAUUACUUAUCUAUAAUUAUUCAUUAACAUUUUAUAUAUUUUUGGUGACAUCAUCACGAUUUCGUCGUCAAGUGAAAUAUUUAUUACUAAAAAAAUGUUGGUUACCAAUAAAAUGUUAUUGUUGUAAAUCUAAUCGAAAUGCAAUUCAUCCUAUGGUUACAAUUUCAGAUGCAUCUGGUAUUGAACUAGUAUCAUAA